AUGGCGCGCGACCGUUUGGCGGCGAUGAGAGCCCAGCAGGCCAGUGCCGCCGGAGGUUAUGGCGGCGCAAGCACUGGCCCUAGCAACAAUGGCUACGGCGAUCACAUGUACCCCACACAGCAAUCUACCGGCGUGCCGUACGGCGGCCAAUCCGCCGGCGACGCGUACGUCCCAUUCACCGGACAGGCCACUUCUACAGUCGCCGAGUCAUACAUGCCUCAGAGUGACGCAGUAGCCACGUACGAGACCCAGGUGCCUGCACUGGCGCCCGUGCAGCCCGAGGCGGUCACGUACGCCCCUGCAAGCGGCGCCGUUGCACCGCCCACAACCUCGGCCACAGGCUACUAUGGCACCGGCGCUGCGGGUGGCGCUGCGGGUGGCGCUGCGGGUGAUGCGUAUGGCACGGGUGCUGCUGGUAGUCAUGCAAUUGAUAUGCCAAGCAACGCGCAGCCCAAAUCCUUCUUUACCGAUAUCGGCGAAAUCCAGGACAUGAUCCGCCAAAUUGACCAGAAUGUGAACCGCAUCUCUGAGCUCCACUCGCGCUCCUUGAACAAUGUCGGGGAGAUUGCACAGCAGGAGGCCGAGGCACAGCUCACGAGCCUUGCAGGAGAGACGAGCAGCCUUACGAAUAGCGUAAAAAACAAGAUCAAGAACCUCGAAAAGGAAGCGCUCAAAAUCUCCCCCAAGGGACCCGCGCCCGACGGUGUCGACCGCAACGUGCGUCUCACACAGAUUGGCGCUGCCAAAAAUCGGUUCAAGGAGACCAUUUUGCGCUAUCAAGAAGUAGAGAAGGCAUACCGCGUCAAGUAUCGCCAGCGCACGGAGCGCCAGCUGCGCAUCGUAAAGCCAGACGCGACGCAGGACGAGAUCCAAGGCGCACUGGACAGCGGCGACACCGGCGGCCAGCAGAUCUUUGCGCAGGCAUUGAUGCAUUCGAACCGCCAGGGCGAGGCACGCGGCGCACUGCGCGAAGUACAAGAAAGGCACACUGAUAUCCGCCGUAUUGAGAUGACCAUUACUGAACUUGCUGCCCUGUUCCAGGAGAUGUCUAUUCUUGUUGAGCAGCAGGACGACCAGUUAAAUGUGAUUAAGGACCAUGCCGAUCAUACGGAGAAGGAAGUGCAGGCUGGCCGUCAGCAGACGGACAAGGCUGUGAUUUCGGCCAAAAAGGCGCGCAAAAGGCGCUGGAUCUGUUUCUGGAUCUUGGUCAUCCUCAUCUGUAUUAUCAUCGCAGCCGUUGUCGGUGGUGUUUGCGGCGGCGGUAACUGCGGUGGUAAGAAUUAA